CUGAAGUGUUGCGGCGUGAACAACUACACGGACUUCGAACAGGCGAUCAUGUGGCAAGCGAACAAGUCCUCGAGCGUGCUGGUGCCUGAAGCCUGCUGCACGCUGAAGGGGGACCCGAUGAAGUUCGUUCCCGAGGACGACACCUGCCUCGCCAGCCCCAACAGGGAGAACUCCUACUAUCUCACUGGUUGUCUGAGCAGGUUACAAGAAGAAACUUUCUACUAUCUGACACCCAUGUUGUCUGUUGCCAUCUGCCUCGGGACUCUACAACUCCUCCUCAUCACUCUCUCCUUUUACCUGUGCAGAGCCAUAUCAAGGGCUCUCAAGGUUGCUACGGUAGACUGAAGAAUUGGGUAGAAGAUCACGCCAACUUGCUCAUGGGGAUUGGCAUCGGUGUGGCCGCCUUGGAGCUGCUGGGGAUGCUGUUCGCCUUCUGCCUCUGCUGUUCCCUCGGCCAGAAGAUCAAGUGACGCCAGCACCGCAUCCACACCGGCCACGAAGAACAAUAUACAGUCAAACAGCUUGGCACGGACUAAACAUAUAGUGAAAGAAAAGUCUCGAUAUAUAUAGUUCUAUAUAUAUGCGUAUGUGUGUAUGUAUGUAUAGUCUGUACGGGGAAAAGAAACGUUUUUUUUCUUUCUUUUUUUUUGUUACUGGGGGGGAAGUGACGAAUAAGUGAACUGGCUUAUUGUUAUGGUCGUAUUCACACACUUUUUUAUUAUUUUUUCUUUGACAGAAAGGUAAGCUCCCUUUUAAUCGGAUUAUUGUCAUAGUUAUCCGUGUAAAAGACGAUGUAUGUUAUUUCUUAUUCUAUCUUUGGAAUUCUUAAAGAAUUCUUUUUAAGCGAUUCAAGCACAAGGCUGAAAAGAUAUAAAUAGUAGGCCUAUAAAAAAAUUGUUACGUAUUUUGACAGACAAUAAUAAUUACGAGAAAGACAACAA